AUGAUUUCCAGUUCUGGUCGCUCUGAUACCAUUCCCACGGCCUCUGCUCUCGCCUGCGCUGCUGCAGCUGCCGCUGCAGCCAGUGCUGCACUGCACGCUGCUUCCCUCUCCUCUGCCCUGCCGUCACACCCUUCCCCCCUGUCGUCCCCUCCUCUUUCCCACCGCUCCUCCCUGUCUGCCCCUUCGCUUCCUGCCGCCUUGCAAAGCCCGUGGCGGGCGGCUCUUGCUGCGGAGAUAGAGAGGGAGAAGAGCGAGGGGGCAUGGGCAUCUGGGGAAGAGAUUGCGAUAGGCCCUGGGGCAGACGCGGUGGGAGGGGUUGCGGAAGGGAGAGGGGCGGAAGGAUUUGGGGGGGCUGGAGAGGGAGCAGGGGAGAAGCAAGUGAGGAUGCCUGUUGCUAAGAGGCUCAAGGUGUGUGGUGAUGGGGAUACGGACAGUGUGGGGAGUGGGGGAGUGGGGGGUAAGAGGGGGAAAGGGAGUGGGAAGAAGAGGGAAGAUGGGGAGAGGGCGGUGGAGGGGGGGAGGAAGGAAGCAGGGGAGAGGAAGAAAGAGGGGGGAGAGAAGAAGGAAGGGGGGGAGAAGGUGAAGGUGACAAGGAAGAGGACGGGAGCAGGGGUGUCCAAGGCAGGAGGGGAAGGGGCUCGGAAGGUUGGCGGAGGGGUGAAGCCUCGUGGGCUGGUUAAAGCAAAGGAUGGUUCUGCAGCAGCAGCAGCACCAGCAGCGGUAGCAGCAGUGGCAGCAGCAACAGCAGCAGGAGGAGGAGGAGCAGCAGCAGCAGCAGCAGCAGCAGGAGCUGGGGCAGGGGCUGUUGGGGUUGAGGCAGCGAAAGAGGAGAAGCAGGACGGUGCAGGGGAGGCGGGUGGGAAGAGCAGCUGUAGCCGCUGGGGCAGGUGUAGCAUUGCAUUUCGCGCACUCUGCCUCUCCUUUCUCGCAUCCGCAAGCUCAGGUGCAAGGUGGAGUGUUGCAGCAGCAACAGCAGCAGCAGCAGCAACAACAGCAGCAGCAGCACCAACAGCAGCAGCAGCAGCAGCAGCAGCAACCACAACACCGGCAGCAGCAGCAGUGGCAACAACAGCAGCGGCAGCAACAAGGGCAGCAGCAGCAGCAGCAGCAGCAACAGCAACAGCAACAGCAACAGCAGCAACAACAGCAGCGGCAGCUACAAGGGCAGCAGCAGCAGCAACAGCAACAGCAACAGCAACAGCAACAGCAACAGCAACAGCAACAGCAACAGCAACAGCAACAACAACAACAACAGCAGCAACAACAGCAGCAGCAACAACAGCAGCAGCAACAGCAACAGCAGCAGCAGCAGCAACAACUGCAACAUUCAAUGCAGCAAAUUCCUUCCCAGCAACAGUCCAAUUCAGCAGGGACAGCAGCUACAGUGGGAUCUUCAGCCACCCGCAUCUUUCCACACCAGCAUCAUCCCCCUCUCCCUCCCUCUCCGCAGCUGUUGCAGCCAGUGCAGCUGCAGCGGCAGCGGGGCCUGCUCGGGUUGUAGCAGGAGGGGCGGCAGGGGCUGUAGCAGGGGGGUCGGCAGGGGCUGUAGCAGGAAGAGCGAGUGGAGCUGUAGCAGGUGGGCCGGCAGGGUCAGCCAGGGCGGCAGGGGCUGUGGCAGGGGGGGUAACAACAGGGUCUGUAGCAGGGAGAGCGGGUGGAUCUGUAGCUGGUGGGCCGGCAGGGGCAGCGAUACCAGCUAGUCUAGCCGCGGCAGCUGUAGCAGCAAAUCUGGGCCCUGGCGCCUCAUCAAUCAGCCAGCUGUUGCAGAGACUGCCAGGCGUGACUGGUAUACCAGCCGCUACAGGUGCUACAGGCGGGCCUGCCUCUGCUGCUAACGCUGCAGCUGCUUCUGUGUUUGGUGCUGGAGGGGGUCUGAGUGGCCUUAACAACGUGGGUAGCGCGGGUAUCAGUGGGACUAACAGCAUGGGUAGCAUGGGGCUUAACAGCAUCGAUAGCAUUGGUAGUACUGGGGCUAACAGCAUGGGUAGCAUGGGGCUUAACAACAUGGGUAGUACUGGGGCUAACAGCAUGGGUAGCAUGGGGCUUAACAACAUGGGUAGUACUGGGGCUAACAGCAUGGGUAGCAUGGGGCUUAACAACAUGGGUAGUACUGGGGCUAACAGCAUGGGUAGCAUGGCACCUCCCCCAGUCAACACCCGGCCAGAUGACUCUCCAAAAGCGCAGGGGAAGUCGGAGAAUGGGGGCGGUGGUGGAGAUUCAGCAGGAGGAGGAGGGGGGCGGGGAUGGCUAGACCUGGAUUUAAAUGCAGGGCCAGAGGCAGGAGGGGAGGAGGAGGCGGAGGUGGAAGAACGUGGGGAGGUGGGGGAAAAGGCAGAGAUUGGGGGAAAGGAAGAGGUGGGGAGAAAGGGGAAGGCGGAGGCGAAUGGGGGGGCACGGGGGAAGGGGAGAGCAGGAGGAACAGAGGAAGUGGGGGGAGGCGAGGUGGGAGGGGAGCGACAGCAGCAGGUGGAGAAGCUGGGAGGGCCUUUGGCAGAGGAGGGGAGUGGGAAAACAGCAUCAGCAGUAAGGGGAGAUGCGGUUUUGGGUGGUGGGGUCAGUAAAGCAGAGCUUGUGGGGAGUGGUGCUGCUGGCACGAUAGGCAGUUGUGUGAGUAACAGGCCAGUGCAGCUGGAGCAGAAGGAGCUUCACAAGCAAAUGCUAUCAGGCUAUGCUGCAGCUGGCUCGGAAGCGACUGUAGCUGCAGUGCACACAGUGACACCUCAGGUCGCCCGUCAGGUUGCCUCUCUGUUUGCCCCUCAGAUUGCCCCUCAGGUUGUCCCUCAGGUUGCCCCUCAGAUUGCCCCUCAGAUUGCGUCUCAGGUUGCCACUCAGGUGGAUCCACAGUUACCUCAGGAGGUGGUGACUGCAGGCGAGGGGGCGCGCAAGAGAAAGGCACCUGACGGUGGGAUGGAGGAGGGUGUGGUUGCGAAGAGGAGGGAAGAGGAGAGAUGGGAACAGAAGGAGAAAGAGGAGGAAGGGGAGGCUGGCAAGGAGGAGGAUAAGGAGAAGGAUAAGGAUAAGGAGAAGGAUAAGGGUAAGGAGGAGAAUAAGGAGAAGGAUAAGGAUAAGGAGAAGGAUAAGGAUAAGGAGGAGGAUAAGGAGAAGGAGAAGAAGAAGGAGAUGGAAGUUGAGUUGUCAAAUAGGCUGCUGCCAGUAAGCCACGCGUCUCAGGCUGUAGUGCAGCAGGCUGUAGCAGAGCAGGCUGUAGCAGAGCAGGCUGUAGCAGAGCAGGCUGUAGCAGAGCAGGCUGUAUCACAGCAGACUGUAUCACAGCAGACUGUAUUACAGCAGGCUGUAGCACAGCAGGCUGUAGCACAACAGGCUGUAGCACAACAGGCUGUAGCACAACAGGCUGUAGCACAGACGGCUGUAGCACAGAAAGCUGUGGCGCAGGCGGCUGUGGCACAACAGGCUGUGGCGCAGGCGGCUGCAGCGGAGGCGGAUGUGAAACAGUCGGAUUUAGCACCACUGGCUGUAGCACAUGCGGAUGUAGCACAAGCGGCUAUAACACAGGCGGCUGUAUCCCCACAGGCUGUAGCACAACAGGCUGUAGCAGAGCAGGCUGUAGCGAAGCAGUCCGUAGCAAAGGAGGCUGUAGCAGAGAAGACUGUAGAGGGAGCUGUUGCAGAGAAGAUUGCAGAGGGGGCUGAAGCUGAGAAGGCUGUUGAGGGGCCUAAGGUUGCAGAUGGGGCUGUAGCAGAGAAAGUUGUUGAAAAGGUUGUAGCAGAGAAGGCUGUUGAGGGGCCUAAGGUUGCAGAUGGGGCUGUAGCAGAGAAAGUUGUUGAAAAGGUUGUAGCAGAGAAGGUUGUUGAGGGGCCUAAGGUUGCAGAUGGGGCUGUAGCAGAGAAAGCUGCUGAAAAGGUUGUAGCAGAAAUGGCUACAGAUGAAGUGAAAAUGUCAGGACGGAAGCGGGUAUGGCUAGAUCUGGAGGAACCAGCUAAGGGGUUGGAGGAACCGGCCAAGGGGUUGGAGGAACCGGCUAGGGGGUUGGAGGAACCGGCUAGGGGGUUGGAGGGACUGGCUAAGGGGUUGGAGGAACCGGCUAAGGGGUUGGAGGAAACGGUUAAGGGGUUGGGGGAAACGGCUAAGGGGUUGGAGGAACCGGCUAAGGGAUUGGAGGAAACGGCUAAGGGGUUGGGGGAAUCGGUUAAGGGGUUGGAGGAAACGGUUAAGGGGUUGGAGGGACCGGAUAAGGGGUUGGAGGAACCAGCUAAGAGGUUGGAGGAACCGGGUAAGGGGUUAGAUGCGGGUAAGGGGUUGGAGGAACCGGUAAAGGGGUUGGAGGAACCAGCUAAGGGGUUGGAGGAACCGGGUAAGGGGUUAGAAGAACCGGCUAAGGGGUUGGAAGAGGAUUGGGAAAGGGAUGGGGGAGGGAAGGGGAGUGGAGGAGGGGAGAGCGGGGAGGAGGGUGAGGGAGAGAAGAGGAGAGAGAGAGAGUGGGGAGAGAAGGGAGAGAGUGGGGAGAGGACAGGGGGUGGAGAGAGCGGGCAAAGGAGAGGAGGGGGAGAGAGAGGGGAGAGGAAAGAGGAGGAGGAAGCUUGUUGGGCUGAGAGGGUGGGUCUGCGGGGAGGGAAGGAGCAGGAAGGCGGUGCUAUGGCAGGGGGGAAGAAGGAGCAAGCGGGUGGGGUAAGGGCGGAGGGGGAGAGGAAACAGGCAGUUGGGGAGAUGACGGGCUGUGAUUCAGGGAAACAGAUUGCUGCGGGUUUGAUGGUUGGGCCAGGUGCAGGGGGUGAGACGGAGCAGGCGGGUGGAAAACCAGCAGCCUGUGAUUCAGGGAAAGGUAUUUCCAAUGCUUUGGUGCUGAGGAGUGGUGGUGGUUGUCUUGUGACGUCUAGUGUGGGGGUGCUUUUGGAGGCGACGGCAGGGGAGGGGAAAGCAGAGAGAGAGGGAACAGGUGAGGAGAAAACAGGGCAGGGGAACACAUUGCAGGUGAAAACAGGGGAGAUGGGAGCAGAGAAGAAGGAUAGGGAGGAGAAGGAAGAAGCAGGGAAGGCAGGUGCGGCACAGCUGGGCUCAGAACAGGCAGGUUCGUCUGAGAAGGAGUCUCCUGGUAGCAAGAUGGCUGCAUCUGAUGUGGUGAUUAAAACUGUGGCUGGAGGUGGGAAGGGAGGAGCAGAGGAGGGUGCGAAGGGGGAAGCAGGGAAGGAGGGUGCGAAGGAGAAAGCAGGGAAGGAGGGUGUGGCAGCGGCACAGCUGGGCUCAGAACAGGCGGGUUCGUCUGAGAAGGAGUCUCCCGGUAGCAAGAUGGCUGCAUCUGAUGUGGUGAUUAAAACUGUGGCUGGAGGUGGGAAGGGAGGAGCAGAGGAGGGUGCGAAGGGGGAAGCAGGGAAGGAGGGUGCGAAGGAGAAACCAGGGAAGGAGGGUGUGGCAGCGGCACAGCUGGGCUCAGAACAGGCGGGUUCGUCUGAGAAGGAGUCUCCCGGUAGCAAGAUGGCUGCAUCUGAUGUGGUGAUUAAAACUGUGGCUGGAGGUGGGAAGGGAGGAGCAGAGGAGGGUGCGAAGGGGGAAGCAGGGAAGGAGGGUGCGAAGGAGAAAGCAGGGAAGGAGGGUGUGGCAGCGGCACAGCUGGGCUCAGAACAGGCGGGUUCGUCUGAGAAGGAGUCUCCCUGUAGCAAGAUGGCUGCAUUUGAUGUGGUGAUUAAAACUGUGGCUGGAGGUGGGAAGGGAGGAGCAGGGAAGGAGGGUGCGAAGGAGAAAGCAGGGAAUGAGGGUGCGGCAGCAGCACAGCUGGACUCGAAACAGGCAGGUUCGACUGAUAAGGAGUCUACCAGUAGCAAGAUGGCUGCAUCUGAUGUGGUGAUUGAAGGGGAGAAGGGAGAAGAAGGAAAGGAAGGGGGGAAACAAGAUUACCCGGCACAGGCGGGUUCAUGUGGGAAGGAUUCUGCAGGUGGGAAAAUGGUUGCAGCAGUGCAAGAAUUUGGGACAGAGACAGCAGCAGCAGGCGGUGCGAAGGUGGUUGGUGAUGCGAAGGGGGAAGCAGGGAUUGAGGGUGCGAAGGGGGAAGCAGGUAUUGAGGGUGCGAGACCAGAAGACACAAAACCAACGCGAUCAUCUGAGAAGGAUUCUGCAGGUGGGAAGGUGGUUGCAGCAGUGCAAGAAUGUGGGACAGAGACAACAGCGGGAGGUGCGAGGAUGGUUGGUGAGGAGAAGGGGGGAGCAGGGAUGGAGGGUGCGGCACAGCUGGACAUCAAACGGGAGGGUUCAUCUGAGAGGAGGUCUACAACCGAGGAGGUUGGAGAUGUGGAGGAAAUUGCACCUGAAAAAGCACCUGAAGGAGCACCUGCAGCUGGGAAGGAAAACGCAGCUGGUAAAGAGAAGGCACCUGGACAGGCACCUGAGAAGGCACCUGGACAGGCACCUGCACAGCGACCUGAGCCUGAGAUUCAGUCGGUGCUUGGAAAGCAGGUGGUGCAGGCGAAAGAAGCUCAGUCUUCGUACAAAUCUGCUCCUGAUAAAACACCUGGAGCUGACGAGGGUAAGGCACCUGAUCCUGCAGCUGCAGGGAGGAAGGGGAUUCCACCUGAAUCCGUGCAUCCACCUGAACCUGUGGAGCAACCUGAGCCUGGAAAACCACCUGAAGCUGAAGGAAAGGCCGCUGGUGCAGAUAAGGUGGUCAGAAAGGCUGACAAAGAGCCUGCUUCUGUUGCAGCACCUGAGAAGACGUGUCCACUUGAGGACACGCCUGGUGUGAAUAUUCUACCUGCAAAAACACCUGAGGUGGAAGCAGGUGCUGUGUCAGGAGCUGCGAUUGCUGUUGACCCGGUGGAUGGGGGGAAGGCGGAUGUGGGGAAGGCGGAUGUGGGGAAGGCGGAUGUUGGGAAGGCGGAUGUGGGGAAGGCUGAUGUGGGGAAGGCUGAUGUGGGGAAGACGGAUGUGGGGAAGGCAGAUGGGGGGAAGGCGGAUGUGGGGAAGGCGGAUAGGGGGAAGGCGGAUGGGGGAAAGGCGGAUGGGGGGAAGGUGGACGAGGGGAAGGCACCUAGGGAGAAAGCACCUGAGGGAAAAGCACCUGAACGAAAAGCACCUGAGGGAAAGACACCUGAAGGAAAUGCACCUGAAGGAAAGGCGCCUGAAGGAAAGGCACCUGAGGGAAAGGCACCUGAGGGAAAGGCACCUGUGGGAAAGGCACCUGAGGGAAAGGCACCUGAGGGAAAGGCACCUGCGGGAAAGGCACCUGAGGAACCUGAGGGGAAGGCACCUGAGGAGAAGGCACCUGAGAAGGCACCUGAGGAGAAAGCACCUGAGUGA